CACCGCAACGUGACCUCCCGUCCGCCUGUGCCCGCGCCACCCGCUGGAGGCAGAAGUGCCGCCGCGCGAGAUCGCGGCCGCUCUGGCUAAGGCAGCGCCUACUCCACGGCUGCGGGCGGUGCUGGGGUUUGAAUGGCUCGGCGGGAAGAUGGCGGCGGCAGCAGCAGCGCUAACGGUGUCACCGGAGCCUCGGCGCUGGGUCUUCGCGGAGGGCGGCGGAGCGGCCCGGCCCCUCCCUUCGCGGCGGGGAGGGCUGUGCCCUCCGGCCCCACAGCUCCGUGCCAGGCUGUGCUGAGCCCCCCACCCGGCCUGGACCUCUCCCUGCGGGGCACCGGCUCACCAGGGCAAUAUCAGAAGGUAAAUGUUCCUGAAGACCAAGCAGACAAGUUGCUCCUUGCAAGCUGGGGUCUUCCCAAAGCAGUUCUGGAGAAAUAUCACAGUCUGGGAGUAGUACAGAUGUUCGAAUGGCAAGCAGAGUGUCUAAUGCUUGGACAAGUUCUGGAAGGGAAGAACCUAGUUUACUCAGCUCCUACCAGUGCUGGGAAGACUCUUGUUGCUGAAUUGCUCAUUUUGAAGCGAGUUUUGGAGACUCGUAAGAAAGCUCUUCUGAUCCUUCCUUUUGUCUCUGUGGCCAAAGAGAAGAAACGUUAUCUGCAGGCCCUGUUUCAGGAGGUGGGUGUGCAAGUCGAAGGCUACAUGGGAAGCAUCUCUCCCGCUGGACGUUUCUCUGCCCUGGAUGUUGCUGUCUGUACCAUUGAGAAAGCCAAUGGUCUAAUCAAUAGACUCAUAGAAGAAAACCAAAUGGACUCACUGGGAAUGGUGGUUGUGGAUGAGUUGCAUAUGCUGGGAGACUCUCAUCGAGGAUAUCUGUUGGAACUCCUCCUGACCAAAGUUCGGUAUCUUACAGAGAAGGUUGCAAAGCGACAGGCAAAGAUGAUCAGCCCUGGUUUUAGUGGGAUACAGAUAGUAGGCAUGAGUGCUACCCUCCCUAACUUGGGACUCCUAGCCUCAUGGUUGGAUGCAGAGCUGUACUGCACAGACUUUCGUCCUGUGCCCCUCAUGGAGUGGGUGAAAAUUGGCAGCAACAUUUAUGACUCUUCCAUGAAUCUAGUGCGAGAAUUCCAGCCCAAGCUUCAACCGAAGGGAGAUGACGACCAUGUUGUGAGCCUGUGUUACGAGACUGUUUGUGAUGGUCAUUCAGUCCUGCUCUUCUGUCCAUCCAAGAACUGGUGUGAGAAGCUGGCAGACAUCAUUGCCAGGGAGUUCUACAAUUUGCAGCAAACUGACACUUCUGCAAAAAACUCAGCCCUCUCCCCAGUUUUUGUGGACAGAGAAGGGAUAAAUGACGUUCUGGAUCAGCUAAAGCAUUCUCUCUCAGGCCUGGACUCUGUGCUCCAACGUACUUUACCAUGGGGAGUGGCAUUUCAUCAUGCAGGUCUUACUUUUGAGGAACGGGACAUCAUUGAAGGAGCCUUUCGCCAGGGCUUGAUUAGAGUCCUAGCAGCAACGUCCACACUCUCAUCUGGAGUGAAUUUGCCUGCACGCCGAGUAAUUAUACGAACUCCCAUGUUUGGUGGCAAACUGCUGGACAUUCUCACUUACAAGCAGAUGGCUGGAAGGGCUGGCAGGAAAGGAGUAGACACAGUGGGUGAGAGCAUUUUAGUUUGCAAGCCCUCAGAAAGAUCGAAAGGAACUGCUCUACUUCAGGGAUCUCUCAAGCCUGUUUGCAGUUGCUUGCUUAGAAGGGAAGGGGAAGGUGUUGCUUCUAGCAUGAAACGAGCAAUACUUGAGAUCAUAGUGGGGGGAGUGGCCAGCACUCCAGAUGAUGUGCAGACCUAUGCUUCUUGCACUCUUCUUGCAUCCAGCUUGAAAGACAGUAAGUGGGGAAAUGAGAAAGAUCAAGACGAAGUGCGGACUGGAGCUAUUGAGGCUUGUGUGGCAUGGCUUCUGGAGAAUGAAUUUGUUCAGGUUCUGGACUCUGGCAACGAAGUGAAAGUGAAAGUUUAUCAUCCAACACAUCUUGGCUCAGCUACUCUUGCCUCUUCUCUUUCACCAACUGAAGCCAUAGGUAUCUUUGCUGACCUGCAGCGAGCUAUGAAAAGCUUCGUUCUGGAGAAUGAUCUGCAUAUUGUCUAUUUGGUUACCCCAGUGUAUGAGGAGUGGACCACAAUUGAUUGGUACCAGUUUUUCUGCCUAUGGGAGAAGCUGCCUGCCUCAAUGAAGCGUGUAGCUGAGCUGGUGGGGAUCGAAGAAGGCUUUCUGGCUCGCUCUGUAAAGGGCAGAAUCAUAGCUAAAACAGAGAAACAGCAUAGACAACUGGCCAUCCACAAAAGGUUUUUCACCAGUCUUGCGCUCCUGGAUUUAAUCAGUGAGAUUCCCUUAAAGGAUAUGACCAAGAAAUACGGUUGUAGUCGUGGCCAGCUUCAGUCCUUGCAGCAGUCUGCUGCUACCUAUGCAGGAAUGGUAACAGUUUUCUCUAAUCGACUGGGCUGGCACAACAUGGAACAACUGCUUUCUCAGUUCCAGAGCCGACUCACUUUUGGUGUUCAUAGGGAACUAUGUGACUUGGUACGCAUCUCUCUGUUGAAUGCGCAGUGUGCUAGGAUGCUUUACAAUGCUGGCUUCGUCAGAGUGGCUGAUCUUGCUAAAGCCAGUGCUGGUGAUGUGGCGACUGCUCUGAAGAAUUCAGUGCCAUUUAAAAGCGUCCGUAGGGCUGCGGAUGAAGAUGAAGAAUCAGCAGAGGAGCGUCGGACUAUGUGCAGCAUCUGGAUGGCCAGAAUGAAGGGCUUAAGUGAAAGUGAAGCAGCUUCCCUCAUUGUGGAGGAAGCCCGAGGGCUUCUUCAACAGGACUUGGCACUGAUGGGAGUGCAGUGGAAUCCAGAGUCUUUUCUUGAGUCUGAUACAUCCUCUGUGACCAGCAGUGAGUCAGAGCUGGAAGACAGACUACGUAGAUCAAAUAGAGAAUGGUCAUCUCAGUCUUCUAGGGCACUAAAAAAACAGUGGCACAGAGUUCAGCAUUGUAAUGGCCCUGGUUCUGAGGCUGGAAACUUAACAAAUAUUAAAAAGGGAUAUAAAAGACGACUAAGCGGUAGUACAGCAACCUCCAGUUUUCAGAAUGAAGCCCGAGGCAGGGGACAGGUUCAGGCAGAGGAAGGAAAUGGCGAUGUUGUGCAGACUGCUAGAAAAAGGCCAAAUCUGAGUCGAGAUAACGAAAACAUGGAAGGUCUUUCUCAGGUCAAAACCAAGACAGAUUCCAGGACAGCAAUUCUACAACUCCGUACUGAGCAGGGAGAGACACCAGCAUUGAGAAAAAAGUCUUCAGCUUCUAGAUUGAUAAGAAGUAUGGACACACAUUUAAACUGGACUAAGAACAAAACUACUUCAAAAACUGCUUCAAAACUGCAGAGGUCACUGCUUGAAGAUUCAAAUAAGCUUAGUGCAGACAUACAGGAGCCUUCUGCUUUCCACCACCACAUUUCUAAAGAUAUCUUUUUUCCUGACCAAAAUAAUAAGGAAUUUAUAGAAAAAGGGUCUAUGACUCAUAAAGUCUCAAAUUCUGUACUGACAAGGGAAGUUAACCUUGGGAGCAAAAAUAAAAUGGCAGGAUUAUUUACAGAGCCUUCUGGCACUAGUGAAGGCAUGCCUAAGGAGAGAGCAUGUUUUCAGGCAGCUGUUAUAAUGCAGGGUACUCCACAUGUCAAUAUGGAGACAGAUAAUACUGUAGAAAGUCCAGAAAUAUCUGCUAGUGCUAGAACACUGAAAAAUGAAAAUACUGAUGAUAAGCAGAAUAAAAUCAAUAAAAUGCAAGCAGGUAAGAGCUGUACUGACGAGAUGAUUGGUGAGCAGCAGACUGCUCUGGACACAGAUCAUUGUAAUGUAACUGCUAGCUGUUCUGGAAAUGGACAUAUCCAUAGUCGUAGCAGGAAACAGAAGUCUGUGCAUUUUUGUCCUGGUGAGGAUAAAUCCUGCCACUUUCAGAUUCAGAAUAGUGGCAAAAAUAGGAGCAAAAAGCCCAAUGGAAUAUUGUUACAAGCUGGAGGAGUGCAGAAAGCAGACAGUCAUCCUGAGGAUUUUCUGAAAAGCUCUCUAUUAAAAUCCAGAGCUGCUUGUGAUGCAGAUGGUGUUCAGCAUGGUCCAGUCUCUGAUCCCAUCUCUGACUCUAGAGACUUUGAAGACAGCUUCCGGUUGGAUACUCAGACUGAGAGGAUAAUAAAACAGGAGGUAGCAGUUGGAAUUGCAGGAGAGCAGGGAAAGCAAGGUUCAGAGCUGGCAGCAUUACCGCUGCAGGAAAUCUCCAAGAAGCUGAGCUGUGCUAGCAUUUCACAGACUGAAAAUGCUACUGAUGAAAGGCUGGCUGCAACAGUUAGGAAACGGGGCUUAUCAAGUCUUGCCACAACAAAUAACAUUAUAAAAAACACAGAUCACCACUGCAGUAAUAAAGUUAUGGAGUCUGGAAGCCUUAAUUUACAGCCUGUGCUGAAAGAAACAGAAUCUGCACCUUGCCUUAAAGGAAGCGAUUUCUCAGUGACUGACUCCCAGCUGCACAGUUUUCUACAGGAUUACCAGACCCAAAAUUCAGUGAAAGGGGAGUGUGCUUCUAAAGGGCUUAAUAAAAUGACCUCUCCUGUUGGUAGGCAGCACCUUGUGCAAGUAGAAUGCCAUCCUGUCCCUGAAACAAGCCUGAACAUGAGUGAUAGCUUGCUGUUCGAUGAUAGUUUCAGCAACGUCAAUGACCUUGCAGCUAUUCAUGUCAUGGAGGCUGACAAAGAAGAACCUGUGGGAAAGCAGGGGGCUUUGCUUCCCCUAGAUGGUCUUUUGCAGAACCUAAGGCCUGUUCAGAAUAAAUUUGAUGUCAGUGGCAGUCAGAAAGAACAUGAAGAGCCUGCACAGUGUAAUGACGUGUUUCUAGCAUUCUCUGAUCUAAUAGCUGAAGUUUUAGAUCAUGCAAAUUCCCCGUCUUUUCAGGGAGAUCUUCCUUCUACAAUUCAUGGUCAGUCAGGAUUGAGAAACCCAGUGAUUUGUAAUGAUGACCCCAGACAAAUGGAUUUAGUAGGGGAUCAAAGUGAGAAGCUCCAAAGAAGCCAACAAGCUUUAGACAAGAAAAUCCAUCCAGACUGCACAUUUGAACUAAGCCCAGGAUUGCAGGAUGUAUUAGACAAAUGGCCUAGUCCUUCAGGCAUUGAACCAGUUUCAGUAAAUCCAAGAAGCUCCUGUUUGAAAGGAAAGUUAGUUGCUUCUAAUGCUAAUCAAGAGCCAGCUCCAGGUUUUGAAUUUGACCGUUGUCAGGCAGAUCCAUUGCCCACAUGCCACGGUUUAAAAAACUGUUUCAAAGUUAAAGAAAACAAAAUGGAAGCCUUGGAUGCUCAGAAAUUAGACUGUAUCACUCUUCUGCUCAAGGGGAGCAACAGAACAUCCGAUCUGCUACCAGAUAGUAUUAAUGGGUUUAUUCCUCCAACACCCCCGAAAGAACCUUUUCCAAAGAGUUCUGCUUCCCUCUCUGUGAAAUCUGGAAAGAAGAGACAUGUCACCUACACAAAUGAAGGGCAGCAGUUUCAAUCAAAGCAAAAUAGGAAGGAUGAUGCAGAGCAGUGGGUGAAAACACUCCAGUCAAAUGCUGGGAGUGCAUACCCAAAUGAGGCGGAUAUAAAAGAUGAUUCCCUUAUAGGCCAAGGCUUUUCACUGCAGCUGUCUCAGAAUGUUUUGCCACUCGUUCCGUCAAGUGCUGAAAACUUCACUAUUAUUGACGUAGCAAGUGACAAAGCACUUUUCCAGACUUUUGUUGCAGAAUGGCGAGAGAAAAGCAGAUUCUCCAUCUCAGUAGCAUGUGAAAGAACGAAGUGUCUUUUGUCUCCCAGAUCAACAAUUGGUGGCAGAUUCAAACAAGUGAAAUCUCCUCAGUGGAUGCAAGUUAAAGAUGAUGGAUUUCCUGUCCAAGGCUGCGAAGACAUCUUGGUAGUUGGACUGGCAGUGUGUUGGGGUGGAAAAGAUGCCUACUAUAUUUCUUUGCAGCAGAAGCAAGACCAGACAGAAAUCAGUAUGAGUUUGGCACCACCACCUUUGGAUGAAAGCCUGUCUGUAACAGAGAGACUGUAUCACCUGCAGCAGUAUCUGCAGAAGACCAAGCAAGAGCGUUCACUUGUCAUGUACAACUUCAUUCAGCACUACAAGACCCUGGUGAUGGCUUGUGGCAUCUCUUUGGAAGGAAGUUUUGAGGACCCAAAGGUUGCAUGUUGGCUGCUUGAUUCUGGCUCUAAGGAACGUACACUGCACAACAUGGUGACGAACUUUCUCCCCCAUGAGCUACCUCUACUGGAAGGGGUAGGCACUGGCCAAGGGGUGCAGAGCCUGGGGCUUAGUGCCACUACAGAUCGUUCUGGGCGGUACAGAGCAGCUAUAGAGUCUGUGCUUAUCUUCAAUGUCAUGAACCAACUCCAUAGUGAAUUACAGAAGGAAAAUCUGACAGAUGUGUUUUCUAAAGUGGAGAUGCCCACCCAUUAUUGCUUGGCUCUGCUGGAGCUGAAUGGCAUUGGUUUUAGCACAGCAGCAUAUGAAACCCAGAAACAAGUCAUGCAAGCUAAACUGAAUGAGAUUGAGACCAAGGCAUAUCAGCUGGCUGGUCACAGCUUCUCCUUGACCAGCCCUGACGACAUCGCAGAGGUUUUGUUCCUGGAGCUGAAGUUGCCGCAAAAUGGAGAUGUGAAAGUUAAAGGGAACAAGAAAACUCUGGGUUGUGCCAGAAGAGCAAUUGCUAAUGGGAACAGGGUUAGGUUGAGCAAGCAGUUCAGUACAACCAAGGAUAUUUUGGAGAAAUUAAAGGCACUUCACCCAUUGCCAGGGCUGAUACUGGAAUGGAGAAGGAUCAACAAUGCUAUUACUAAAGUGGUGUUCCCACUACAGAGGGAAAAGCGUUUCAAUUCUGCGCUAGGAAUGGAGAGGAUAUAUCCAGUGUCACAGACUCACACAGCUACAGGUCGAAUAACCUUCACAGAGCCAAAUAUCCAGAAUGUGCCAAGAGAUUUCGAGAUCAAAAUGCCAGCUGUGGUUGAAGAGAGCCCACCCUCCCGAGCCCAGGGAAAUGGUUAUUCUCGUGCUGUUUCUGGGGGCAGAGGUAGAAAGCAUUCCAGUAUUUUGCCUAAAGGCCCCAAGGCUCAGGCUGAAGACAGAGCUGAAGAAAGAGGAGUCCCAUUUUCUGUUAGCAUGAGGCAUGCUUUUGUUCCCUUCCCAGGUGGCUUAAUCUUGGCUGCUGAUUAUUCUCAGCUUGAACUGAGGAUCCUUGCUCACUUGUCUAGUGACUGCCGACUCAUUCAAGCCUUAAAUGGAGGUAUUGAUGUCUUUAAGAGGAUUGCAGCAGAAUGGAAAAUGAUUGAUUCUGAAGCUGUUGGAGAUAGUGUGAGGCAACAAGCUAAGCAGAUUUGCUAUGGAAUCAUCUAUGGAAUAGGAGCAAAAUCUUUAGGUGAGCAGAUGGGGAUUGAUGAAAAUGAAGCUGCCAACUACAUUGAAUCCUUCAAAUCCAGAUACACAGGGAUUCAGAAAUUCUUGAGGGAGACAGUGAGGAGCUGCAAAAGAGAUGGCUUUGUGCAAACCAUUCUUGGUAGACGGAGAUACCUGCCAGCUAUCAGAGAUCCCAACCCCUACAGUAAAGCUCACGCAGAGCGACAGGCUGUGAAUACAACUGUUCAGGGAUCUGCUGCUGACAUUGUCAAAACAGCCACCGUGAACAUUCAAAGGCGCCUGGAAGGUUUCUCCUCUGUGAUCAAGUCUCAUGGACAUCUGGAGAGCUCAUUCCGGAGAGAUAAGACUGGAAGGCUAGAGGGGAAGAGAAGCAGAGGCAUGUUACCUCCCAUCAGUGGAGGUUUCUUUAUUCUCCAGCUCCAUGAUGAGCUCCUCUAUGAAGUUGCAGAGGACGAUGUCAUCCAGGUAGCUCAGCUUGUCAAGCACGAGAUGGAAAAUGCCGUCAAACUCUCAGUAAAGCUGAAUGUUAAAGUGAAAAUUGGACCUAGCUGGGGAGACCUGCAGGACCUGGAGCUUUAGACGUGAAAUGGAGCUUUCUUGCCUGUGGUGAGGCUGAACAUGCCAUGGACUGCACAGGGCAAGUGCCAGUGUACUCACAGGCAGUGACAGACCUCUGCACAGUGCCAUCCUCUUGUGUCCUCUUUUUACAGAAAGCGUUAGAAACUGCCUUCUGAAGUGUGUCAUGGAAGCUGGUAUGAAUUCACCAAGCCAUACUUCCCAAGGGUCAGACUGUGCAAUGAAGCAUGUUUGCAGAACUCUGAAAUUAUUAAUUGCUAAAGCAUAAUAUUUAAAUUAAUUCUUGUUAAAAUAUGCUCAUUCUUGUAAUUUUUUUAAAAAAAAACCCAAAUUCCAAAGCCUAAUGAAUUUUCUACACAUGAAAUGAGCUGGAAUAUUUUAUUAAAAGAAAUUGCAAAGAUUGUUUCGAAGUGGUUGAGUAUAACUGUAUAUAGGACAAAAAUAAACUGUCAUUGUGUUUGCAUGUAAUGUUGACUUUUAUAGGCCUCUGCUGGGAUCAUUCUGUAAUGAAUUCUGCAGAUGAUACCAAAGCACAGAAAUGGCUUUACAGCUGGCUGUAUUUCUUGAUGAUUAGCUGUGCAGUGUUCACAGCAAGUGGAACUGGGCUUGGUUGGCCUUGAAAGUGUUUCGUUGACUGACUGGUGUAGUUCUUCCUCCUGUUGCUGCCUUGCAAACUGGCCUUGAGAGAGAUAGUGUUUCAACUCUUUAUAGCUAACACAAAACCAUGAGCAGAAACAUUGAUUUUUAAGGAAUGAAAUCCUGAAAUCCAACUGAUCUGUUAAAAACAUAACUCCAAAUCGUAAGUUCCUAAGAAAACCAUGUGGAUCUGAUGAGCACAAGUGACAGCUUGCUGAUGUGUUUGAGAUCUGUUGCAUUAAUAAUGUUUCACUGAGCAAUAGGUGACAUGUGACUACUCUUUUUUUUUUUUUUUUUUUUUUCCCCUGCUAUCCCUUCAGAGACUGGUCUCAUAGGGAAGCCUCAUACAAUGCCUGUUAGUAGCCUUGCUAAAAAUUGCUCAGAUUUCACCUUGUGCUUUGCCUCAAUGCCUUUGACUCUGUCCCAGUGAGCAGGUAGAGAGUUUUUCAAGGAAUCUGGGCUCAUUGGACUGAGGCAGUCUGAGACCCGCUGAGGUCAGCGGGCUUCAGAAGAAGGGGCAAAGAAACAGCUCACAGGGAAUUCAUCUGCCUGGAUUUGGUGUUACCCUCCUCAAUGAUAACUUCAGGUUUGGCUAAGCCUCACAGCACGUGAUUUAAUUUCAUUUCCAGAUUGUUGCAUUAAUUGUACAACUUUAGCUAUUUUUCUUAACACAGUAUCAGACCCUGAAUUUUAUUGUUUUCAUCAUGUGGCCCUUGUAUGUUACAAGAAAGGGAGAUAAGGUGCCUCUUAUCAUUAUUCUUUAUGUCUAUUUUUUUAUCAUGUCCUCUCUUCUGCAGCUUUUCCACAAAGUAGGCAAUCUCAAUCUUUCCAUUGUUGCCUCCUGUGAGAAACUUUCGGGUCCCUAAUUAUUCUCUCCUCUCAUUUAUGAACUUCUGCUGGAUCCUUUUUAAGAAGUGUCUUUUUGAAGUUUCCUUUAUAACAGGAGCUGAAAUGAUGCAUGCUUGGCUUUGAACCGCCUGAUAGCAUGCUUGAACUUGUUAACUUUAGAUGUGGUGCUUUUGGGGGUGGCCGUUAUCCUGACAUCAGAAGUACUGGCGCUGAAGUUGCAAGAACAUGGUGAGUUUUAAAAGGUGUUAAUGGGGCCUCCAUACAGAAGGCCAUAUCCUGGACUUUGAUCUACCACCUGCCUGUUGUGCAGCAAAAUGGACACAUGGUAUCGAGUCAGAGUGCUAGGUAAUGAUGCCUUGACUGCCCUGAUCAGCAUUGACUUGACCUUCUUUCCUCUUUUGUACUUUUGUUUCAUUCUUUGCUUUGCAUUGUGAUUUCUCUUUCUCCCUCUCUCCCUUUUUUCUCUCUCUCUUUUUUGUGCAUGUGUUUCAUUUCUGCCCUCUCUACACCACAUCUGUCACCCUGAUAGAUGAGAUCUUUGUCUGCAUCAUUCAGUUGAUAAACAAUAAUUUCUUUUCUUUUCCAAACUUAUUAAAGCUUUUGUUAUUAACAGAUCUGAGCCUUGGCACCCUGGGGUCUGAACAUUUGUGUGCUCUGCCUGUAGAGAUGCUAUGUUGGAUUCAUUAUCAGUUCACAUGGCCUAAUGAUUUCCUGUUCCUGGAUGUCAUGCAGUGACACACCUGUGCUGUAUUUCAGGCCUCACUAGAGUUACUGUAAUUUGAGUUGCUUGUUCUUUGGCACAUUACAAUAUUUUCCUCUUGCAUUCUGGUUUCAGAAUUGCAGAAGGAUAGAUCCUCAGGCCUGUUCUCAACAAACUUUGUGUAUGGGGGUGAAUGUUAACCAAUAAAAUGAUUGACACAGAACUAAACUUAUUUGAUAAACAAACUCAAUGAAUCCAUUAUAAUUAAGCAGUAAUUUAGAGCAAAUGAGAAGAUAAAAGGUGGCCACUGCUCUGUCAGUGAGGCGGCUGCUGCAUUUGAGUAGUAUCAGAAUUGGCUCUGAGCUGUUGCCUGACUGCUGCUAUUUACAUUCCUUAAUUCUGACUAGAUUUUAACUAUUAAUGAGACUAAGCAGGGGAAGCAGAAGAGGACUUAGGUAGGGUAAGCAGGGGCGCUGCUUUGGAUUGAGCUGAAGAUGACACCUGUUUUUUUCUGAAGUUGGGAGGCAAGCCAAAAAUAGGUUGGCUGCUGGUGUAUUUAUUUUUUGUUCCUCCUUUCCUGUGAAAGGCCCAGGCCAAAGCAUAGCUGGAAACUGGGUUUUCUUGUAACUCAGGAGCUGUCAACCAGUGUGCAGGUUACUCUUGGUAUUCUUGUAGACAGAAUAUGCUGCAUCUGUGUUUGCUCUCAGUUCCUCAGCUCGUCUGUGUCUCUCUUUGCAGUCCACUUUUGCCUUCUGUUAGCUGGCACUGCACAGCAUGUACAGUAUCAUACAUGGUCCAGCAGCUCAGGAAGAUGAUGACUUUAUGCUGGAUGAACCCUGCAGAAAGGGGUAGGAAUUAUGUUUACUACAGCAGCCUCAUCACUCAGCGUACACAGAAUUGCUACUGCAGCCUAGUUUUGCAGUGUGCCCUAUUCUGCCCUUGCCUGGCUGAUGGACCACUAGGUAGGUCUCUGUCUGCCAAAGUAAAUUGGGAUAGGACCCAAUACCAACAAAAAAACGUGGUCACCAGGAACAUGUUGUCUUCACAUCGUGUGAACCAGCAUGAGCUACCUUCUCAUGCAGAGAGCCAAUGCCCUUAGGUUGUAGAGUAGCCUUGUUCCAUUUGGUUCAUAUCCACUUUCUGGUCAAAAUGAUUCAAAUUCCCAUUCAACCUACAGCUGGAACCAAAGUGCAUGUUCUGAACCCCUUUCUUUAUUAGGCAGAUUUUUCUUUGGCUUAGUAGCAUGAACAUGUGCCAUUGAUGUUUGAGACAGUGGCUUGGUCCUUUUCUUCAUGUGUAGACCACAGUUGUCUUCUGUGUUGGUCUGUUUUUUUGCUGAAGCUUUCUUUCCUUAUUUUGGUGCCUACCAGAAGUGCUCUGUGCGCUUUCUUUUAGUUGGGUAAUGGUGGGAGAGAGAGGCAUGUGACAAAAAAUAAUGUGCUAAUAAUCUGAUCUGUUUUAGUCCUCUUGCUUUUCUCCCAUGCUACUUGCAUUUCAUCAACAAGAGAGUUGUAGAGUUUUUUCCUGAUGUUUUUUCCUGUAAAUCUGGCCGAAAAAGGGGUGGGUGAACAAGUAGCUCAGUAUCUUUGACAUUUUUGAGCCUCUACUGGCAGAGCAACUGUAUGGUAUUUUUGGUAACUGCCCUUAAAUAAGCUUGCUUCUGCCCUUCUGAGAGAAGAAGGAGAGUGUCUGAGAAUUGUGCGAUGACUUGAUGUACAGAAAGAAUUGACAGUGAUCUGGGAGUUCUGCAUUUGCAUGUCAGGUAAGAGCAGUAUGUUUCAACUUGUAAAUGACUGCUUUUAACAGAGGUGGAGGUGACAUGAAGGGUAUGCUCAGUAAAAUAGGAAGUCCAAGUACAAGGCUAGUAUUUCUGAAGAUUGAUAUUAGGAAUUUGAGCUCCACAGAGUAAAGCAUAAGAACAUUAGCUGGGGUUCAGGUUUUGUUCCUGUUUGGACUGUUGGAGGGAGGGAUACGGUCCUUCUCACCUUGGUAACAGCUGUGGCUGGAUUUUCCAAAUUCCUGAGCGAGUUAGUAGUGUAAAUUCCAUCCAGAGCUGUUACAUAUACCAGGCACCUUUUGAAAUACUAGAAAGAGUCUAGGAGUGAGGGUUGGAAAAAAGAGAGACCUACACCAACUAAUAUCAAUUCUUUCCUUUAUUUUCUUUCCCAUAUAUUUCUUUGUUUUUAUUGGGGACUCAAAACAGCUUCAGUCAAAGGUGCCUUAGUUUUCCCUUUGUGAUGCUGAUUUAGGAUAUCUGUGGAAAAAGGAAAUGGUUAGCACAGGAGCAUGUGGUUCACCCUGGAUUAGCCUUCCUUCUGAAAUAUAGGCAAUGACUUGUUAACAAAACCCACACAUAAUCUGUCCACACUUCCUUGACACUGAAUCUGAAUAUUGGUUGCUAUUUAAAAAAGUACAAUGUUUGAUUUGUUGAUUUACUCACAAAACAAAACACAUGAAUGAAAACAUUCAUUUACCUGACUAUUGCUUAUACACCUACGUGAAGAGUUGACUACAAACGGCCACAUGUAGUUCCUUAAUGAGAGAGAGUGUGUACUUACUAAGACCAUACCAAGGCAAAAAACAUUCAAGACUGAAAUAUGCUGUGCUUGAAUUCACCUUUAGAUUAUGGAAAAUGAUGUAGGAGGGCCAGGGUAUUUAAGGGGCUUGUAAUUAAAUGAAAUCUGCCUUUUUGCUUCUGUUACAAUACACACAGCUUAUAAAUGGAGGAGUCCUGAGGUUGAAUACAGCUUUUAUUUAAGCUGCAAUAUUUUUCACUUCUUGAAUUGUAUAUGAAAAAAAUAUUUUGUAUGUCUAUUUUCAUUAUAAUAUACAUAUCUGAGUGUGAGAUGGCUUCUGUAAAGAGAAUAUGUAGAUUAUUUUAGAGAAUUUCUGUAUGUGAUAACAUACAGAAUGUGUAGUAAAUAGAGUAUUUUUGUUAAAUAUUCAUGUAAGAAGCUAUAUUCUGAUAAUACAGGGAAUGUCUAAUUGAUAUUCAGGAGUGCAGCCAGCUCACUUCCAUUCAAAAUGUGAGUAGUUGAAUUUUAGGACUGUUAAAAAAAAUCAUUUAGAAAACAGCUGAUUUUACAAAACAAAACAUGAUACUUGGUACUUCCUUUAGCUUGUCUUUUAAUUCAAGAUUUGAAGCUGAAUUUAAAACUCUAGGAAUGGAUUUUUUUAAAAAUAAAAUAGCUUGUACUUCAUUGAAGACUUGCCUACUGUCAUGUAAAGAAAACAUGUAAAGAAUCUAAUUUCGUGCAUACUCUGUGUAUCUACAGCUCUAUGCAUAGGGGUAAGUAUGUCUGGUCAGAUGCGGAGAUAUGUAUGCUCUUGCAAGUUUUAUGUAUUUCGUUUUCAGAUGUGGUUGGGAUAAGGUGAGUGAGAAAGGUAUCCAAAUGAACAAGAAGCAUUUUAAAUUUGAGAAAUAUUUAUAGCCAAUCUGGUCUAUUGUAACAGGAUUCAGACAUUGAUGAUAACUCUUAAGUUUAGGGUUUUGCUUGAGCUGGUGCUGUCUUAGUGAAAAAGGUGAAAGCACAUGAUUUCAACAUUCACAGUGACAGCUAGUGUCCUUAAAUUUCUUACAGCAAGUAAAGUCAGAUGCUGUGUUUGUUGCUCUGAAUGCUGCAUCUUUAUUACUUUCAUUAAUAGUCUUUAAUAGAGUUCAGGUCAGGCCUUUCAAAAAUCCCACACUCCCCCUCAUUUCACAAGAAAUCAGCCAGGCAAGAGUUUUACCUCCGUCAUUGAAGUUUUUAAGUGAAGUGUUUUUUUCACAUACAUGGUAAAUCUUGAUAGAAAGCAUUUAACAGUGUGCACUAACAAACUUAUACAACAUAUACAUUACAUAUAUAUAUUUUUAUAUAUAGAAUGUUAUAUAUACAAACAUAUACAACUUUUCAGAUCUCUACAGACUACAAGAAAAUUGAUAAUUAUAGUCACAAGUGGUGAACUUAACAGAAAUAGUAAUUUGUAACUGUCUGGAAAUAUGUAAAAUAUGUAAGGGUGGAAAGCAAGAUACAGCUGUGACCUGAUGAGAAGUACUAGAGAAAAGUUGCUUAAAAGAGUCUAUUAUUAAAAAUUGCAAGUUAGAGGGAUGCUAAAUUCUCAUUUUUUCUGUUGCAUAAAAAUGCACAUUGACAUCUGCUGGCAGGCUUUUUCCCUGUUGUUAAGCUAGAGACUGCUGCCAAAGCAAGUCAGACAUGGUGUAAAUGACUUUUUGAAGACACUUUUCUCUCUGGGCAUGCUGUAGUGAUUAGUAACUAAAAGUUGCUCUUACGUUUUUGCAUUUGAUUCACAAAUGAGUGAGUGCAUUUUAGCUCCAGCCUGAAAACACUUCCACUGACAUCAAGGUACUGAAGACCUUUGCAAUAUUAGCAGCCUACACGAGGUACAACCUACUGAAAAGUUAUGUAGAACUAGUAGCUACCUUGUCAUUUAAGCGUACCAACUGUGGCCUGACAAUGAGGUGCUAGCACUUGCUGGGGCUGCUUUCUUAGAAGGUGUCAUGUUACGCUAAUUUGUAGUGGAAGCCGGCUCUAUAGCUGUGGGUGUACAAGUUCCACACUUGAAUUGAAGACAUCCUUUUCAUCUGCACUAUGUUAGUGCAGAAGCAAGUGUAAGGCUGGUUACAGAACAAACUCUGGUGGAAUGGCCUUGACUUGCUUUUAGUGAAGACUACUUAGCUUCUCCAUAGAAGCAGAGAAGCUAGGAAGAAUAAGGUCGAUAAAGCCAGUUGGAGGGUUUGAAGGAUCGGGUGCACAGAAUGAUUUUGUUGCCCAGAGAUCAGUGUUUCAGGAGUACAGGCCACAGCACAGGCAGAGUGAAUAUAUGUUUACACAGAAAGUAGAAUUGCUAUGAUGUUCUCAUUUAUUUGUCAUUCUAGAUGCCUGGUGACUGAUUCAUCAUAUGCAAGGGGCUAGUUCUGUGAUCAAGAGGGAGUUCCUCAACCUGGUUCAUACUGGCAUCAGAGUGGUGAGUUUGCUGUUUCCUGGAACACACACAGACAUCUUGUUCUGUCAUGGGCAAUUACAACUCCUUAAUUCUGAGCAGAAAUCCAGGCAUUGUUUAGACUUGGACCUUUUUCCCCACAAGUUUCUACCGUCUUAGUUUUUUAGUUUCUACAAUUAUAGUGCAGUUUUUUCUGUGACAGAGAGAAACGUAUCUUGUCACAUUUCCAGAUGAGCUACAGCUGUCAGAGCUGUAAUUUUGAUUUUGUCCACAGAGAAGUGUAAAAAUUCUGUAAAGCACAGAAUUCCUAUUGUGCUACAAUGUGAAUUUACAACUUAAUGCCUCAGAUCUGUUCCGUCCCUUUACCUUGCACAGCUGGGCUGAUGGUGAAGCCAGACUUCUGGAACCUGCAGCACUGUACGAUUUCCUGGGCUCCAUUUUAUUGAAGGAAAAUGAAAGGUAUGGGGAAAGCAUCUUUGAGAGAGCUCCUCUGACACUAGCGUGAUGCAAACACCAGUGAAGUUAAGAUCUAGUUAGGAGGGGGGCUGUCUGUCUGCAUCAAAGUGCCUUGAAGGGACAGAGGCUGUUUUUCUUCUCAGAAAUUUUUUUAGUGCUGUUUUUUCUCCUUUUCCUCACUCUCCUUUUCUAAUUUGAACUUACAUCCAGGUACAUGAAAACAGGCCUUCGGUGCCUUGUUUCAAAGCUAAUUGUGGAAAAUAUUUCUAACUUCACACUUGGCCUCUGUGAAAGUCAAGAUCUUGUAGGCUACUGUAACUGCAUCAUACUCAUGUGGAAUAGGAGUCUGUUCACGUAAAUAGGUAAUAGGUGCUACUUACUGUUCUCUUCUGUAUCUGCAAGUUGGUGAGUUUUCUGCAGAGUUCACUGUAGAAACCAAACAAGCCACUUUGAAGCAGAAGCAAAUUAUUUUUAGCAAUGCGAGCAGAAAAUCUAAUUGCCAUGCACCUGUGGUGUUAUUUUAUGUAUGUGCCAAUUCAGUGCCAUAUGCUGAUGGUUGUUUUUCAUGCUCCUCUCCAGGCCCAUCUUUUAGUCUUGCUGUUGUGAUCUCUGUCCACUAGCUUUAUGGCAGUUACUCUGCAGUUUCCUUAGCAUAAUUUCAAGCUACCACUUAGGGAAAGUCCCUGUUCUGCAAGCUGCUGAGCAGCUAUUUUGAGUGGAAAUUGACAGGACUCCAUCUUGUUUUCCAUCUCUCCUUUGCGAAACUCAAGUGAUUUCAUAAGCCUGUCUUCUGUUUCUACUACUGAGAAAUAAGGCAACCAAGUGAUACAGAAAUUACUGGGAUGAAAAUGCCAUAGCCCCCUUCAAGGACAACUGAGAUGAAUCUAGAGCAUAUUUUACAGAUAAGGUAGUACAGAUAAGGAUGACAUUUCAUGUGCUCUGGAUUGCAAAUAAACUGUCUACUCUCCUGUUUAAAUGACAUUUCAGUUAGUGCCUGUCUAGCUACUUGAAAAAGCUGUAAUUUUGGGCACAGGAUUUUGAAGUUAGUUAUUCUUCUGCUAGGAAUUAAACAGCACUGAUUUCAAGCUAGGUUUUUCAAGGAAAAUAAAUAGCAGAUAAGAAAAUGCAGCUCAACUCAUUUUUCUGUUGAGAACAGUAGCAAACAUGCUUGAAAUGUACUGUUUUUUUGUAGUGUCAUUUUAAAAAUAAAGAUUUUUGCUGUUUUUUUUUUU